AUGCGCAUCCUAAUUGUGAUCUCAGGUCUCUGUCUCGCGUUUGGCAGUCUGGUCUCAUCCUCCAGACUUAUGUGUUACUUCACAAACUGGUCCCAAUACAGACCUGGCAAUGGGAGGUUUAUGCCUUCAAAUAUUGAUCCGAACCUUUGUACUCACCUAAUCUAUGCCUUUUCUGGUAUUAAUGAGGCAAAUGAAUUGGUGACCAUAGAAUGGAAUGAUGAGGAACUCUAUAGAUCCUUUAAUGGACUCAAACAAAGGAAUCCAAAUCUUAAAACCCUGCUGGCAGUUGGAGGUUGGAACUUCGGAACACAAAAGUUCACUACUAUGGUGUCAACUCAAGCCAACAGAAAUACAUUUAUACAAUCUUCUAUCAAACUACUGAGAAAAUUUGGUUUUGAUGGACUAAACCUAGACUGGGAAUACCCUGCAGCAAGAGGAAGCCCUCUGGAAGACAAGAAGAGAUUCACAGUGUUAUGCAAGGAGCUACUACAGGCCUUUGAGGCAGAGGGAACAUCAACAGGACGGCCCAGGUUAAUGAUUUCUGCUGCUGUGUCUGCUGGUAAAGAAACCAUUGAUGCCGGUUAUGAAGUCUCAGAGAUAUCAAAGUAUGUCGAUUUUAUUAAUGUGAUGACGUACGCCUUUCAUGGUACCUGGGAGAGUGUCACAGGACAUAACAGCCCCUUAUACAAAGGAUCCCAAGAUAUUGGGGACCACGUUUACUUAAAUACUGAUUUUGCUAUGAGGUACUGGGCGGAAAAGGGAACACCUGUACAAAAGUUAAAUAUGGGCUUUGCUACAUACGGACGCACGUUUCAUCUUUCUACUCGAUCCAGUCAAGUUGGAGCCCCUGCCAGCAGCCCUGCUGCUGCUGGCACAUUUACAAGGGAGCCCGGCAUUUGGUCUUAUUAUGAGAUUUGCACCUUUCUUCAAGGGGCCAGUGUCCACUGGAUUGAGGACCAGAAAGUCCCAUAUGCCACCAAACAAAAUGAGUGGGUUGGAUAUGACAAUAAAGAAAGUUUUAUGACUAAGGUCCGUUACCUACAAAACAACACUUUUGGAGGAGCCUUUGUCUGGGCUCUGGAUCUAGAUGACUUUAAUGGACAGUUCUGUGGACAGGGACGAUACCCCCUCAUCAGUUCUCUUCGCUCUCUUUUGUUUCCAGGUCUCUGUCUCGCGUUUGGCAGUCUGGUCUCAUCCUCCAGACUUAUGUGUUACUUCACAAACUGGUCCCAAUACAGACCUGGCAAUGGGAGGUUUAUGCCUUCAAAUAUUGAUCCGAACCUUUGUACUCACCUAAUCUAUGCCUUUUCUGGUAUUAAUGAGGCAAAUGAAUUAGUGACCACAGAAUGGAAUGAUGAGGAACUCUAUAGAUCCUUUAAUGGACUCAAACAAAGGAAUCCAAAUCUUAAAACCCUGCUGGCAGUUGGAGGUUGGAACUUUGGAACACAAAAGUUCACUACUAUGGUGUCAACACAAGCCAACAGAAAUACAUUUAUACAAUCUUCUAUCAAACUACUGAGAAAAUUUGGUUUUGAUGGACUAGACCUAGACUGGGAAUACCCUGCAGCAAGAGGGAGCCCUCUGGAAGACAAGAAGAGAUUCACAGUGUUAUGCAAGGAGCUACUACAGGACUUUGAGGCAGAGGGAACAUCAACAGGACAGCCCAGGUUAAUGAUUUCUGCUGCUGUGUCUGCUGUUAAAGGAACUAUUGAUGCCGGUUAUGAAGUCUCAGAGAUAUCAAAGUAUGUCGAUUUUAUUAAUGUGAUGACAUAUGACUUUCAUGGUACCUGGGAGAGUGUCACAGGACAUAACAGCCCCUUAUACAAAGGAUCCCAAGAUAUUGGGGACCACGUUUACUUAAAUACUGAUUUUGCUAUGAGGUACUGGGCGGAAAAGGGAACACCUGUACAAAAGUUAAAUAUGGGCUUUGCUACAUACGGACACACGUUUCAUCUUUCUACUCAAUCCAGUCAAGCUGGAGCCCCUGCCAGCAGCCCUGCUGCUGCUGGCACAUUUACAAGGGAGCCCGGCAUUUGGUCGUAUUAUGAGAUUUGCACCUUUCUUCAAGGGGCCAGUGUCCACUUGAUUGAGGACCAGAAAGUCCCAUAUGCCACCAAACAAAAUGAGUGGGUUGGAUAUGACAAUAAAGAAAGUUUUAUGACUAAGGUCCGUUACCUAAAAAACAACACUUUUGGAGGAGCCUUUGUCUGGGCUCUGGAUCUAGAUGACUUUAAUGGACAGUUCUGUGGACAGGGACGAUACCCCCUCAUCAGUUCUCUUCGCUCUCUUUUGUUUCCAGAUCUUCCUCCACUUCCAACUGCUCACACCAACCUGAAUCAGGAGACAUCAACAAAUAAGGAUCACAUUUUGCCUCAUCCCAGACCAUCAAUCACUACUACAACCACUGACAACUUCUGUGCUACAAAAAUUGGUGGGCUAUAUGCCAAACCUGACGCUCCAGGUUCUUUUUACAGCUGUGCCAAUGGCAUCACAUGGAUCCAAAACUGCCCAGCUAAUUUAGUCUUUCGAGACAGUUGUAAGUGCUGUGACUGGCCCUAG